CUUAAUAGACCAAUCAAUUAAAAACAAAGUUCUCUCACAGCUCUUGAAAUAUUGAUAACACUGUGCCUAUAAAGGUGACAGCCGUCAUUUAAAAACUUUUAGUUUCAAGUUUGUGCCUCUUGGAAUAUAUUUGUGGUAUAAUGAAGCUGUUGAUUUGUUUGGCUUUUUUCUUCCUUUCUGCUGGAGCAGAAAAGGCUAGAUUUGAUAAUUAUCGUCUCUAUAGUGUAUCAAUUGAAAAUCAAGAUCAAUAUGAAGCCAUGAAAUAUUUAGAAGAACAUAGUGACUCUUAUGACUUUUUUGAACCAGCAAUUUUAAAUGGCGAAGCUGAAAUUCUUGUACCACCACACAUGUAUGCCCAUUUUGAUGAAAUUUCACAAAACUUGAAAAUGAAGACUAAGUUGGUGAUUAAUAAUUAUCAAUCACUAAUCGAUGAAGAAGAAGCUGCCAUCAGAAGAAGGAAAGCGACUGCCUUCAUUGAUUGGGAUUCAUAUGGAACACUUGCUGAAAUUAAUGCAUGGCUUGAUGAAAUGCAUGUUCGUUUCUCAACAAUAACAAAUAUUAGAACAGUUGGUACAUCCCACGAAGGCCGUCCAAUUAGAUCAUUUUCAAUUUCCAGAGGAUCGGGUAAUCGUGCUAUUAUCAUUGAAGCAAAUAUUCAUUCUCGUGAAUGGAUUUCAUCUGCAACUGCUACAUAUUUGAUUAAUGAACUAUUGACAUCAACUGACCCAACAAUCCAAGCAUUAAGUGCAAACAUUGACUGGCACAUCAUUACAAACGCUAAUCCUGAUGGCUAUGAAUUCUCCCGAACAAACAAUAGAAACUGGCGUAAAACUCGUGCACCAGUAUCUGCUUUAUGCUUUGGUGUUGACGCAAAUAGAAACUUUGGAUACAACUGGCUAGUACGCGAUGAAACUGGAAGUCUUGGAGCUAGUACCACACCAUGCAGCGACACUUUUGCUGGAGCUACUAGUAUGAGUGAGGCAGAGACACUCGCAAUUGAAAGUCUUUUUACACAAUAUGGAAGAAGUACUGAUUUGUUCAUAUCAUUCCACUCUUAUGGACAUUAUUUAUUGCAUCCAUGGGGUCACACAAGAAACAUGCCACCAAACAAUGCAACAUUACUAUCAGUUGGUGUAGCAUUUAGAGAUGCUCUUCGUGCUGUUGAUGGAAUUAACUAUGCAGUUGGAAGUAGCAAUACUGUACUGUAUGCUGCGAGUGGAACUACCCCAGAUCACGCAUAUGGUGCCCAUGGAAUUCCAUUGUCCUACACGGUUGAAAUGAGAGGAAAUGGAGUUUAUGGAAAUUUUGGAUUUGUUUUGCCACCAAGUCUUAUCAGACCAAAUGCUAUUGAAGUUGUUGCUGGCUUGAAAGCAAUGAUUAAUGAAGCUAAGAGGUUAGGAUACUUGGGAGGUCCAUAAACAUUUUAUAAAGAUGUGUACAAUUUUUUACAAGAAAUAAAGACAAAGAUUUUGAUUCAUUCGAUAUCUUUAAAAUAAACCAAAAUCAAUUGAUUUCGUCAA